AUGGUUUAAGGCCAGCAACAUCAGUCUGCAUCAGAUGCUCGACCACACAGCACGUAUCAAGCUUUAAUUUUUUAUAUUUUUAUUUAUUCACAAUGGCGUCGGCCGUGUUCAAGAUCAGUGCCAUAUUUAUGUUGAUCGGUAUCUGCGUAGCGGACAUCGGUCUUCAGCCAGUGACAGACGCUUGCCUCGGAUGUAUCUGCGAGGCCGUGUCUGGAUGUAAACAGGGUCUGCAGUGUGAUGGAGAUUCCUGCGGUCUUUUCCGCAUCACUUGGGCUUAUUGGGCUGAUGCAGGGAAACCCACUUUGCCAGGAUACUCUCCUGAUUCACCCGAUGCGUAUCCUAAAUGUACCAACGAUCCACACUGUGCCGCAUUGGCAGUGCAAGGAUACAUGAGGAGAUUUGGACAAGACUGCAACAACGAUGGUGUUAUCAAUUGUUACGACUAUAUGGCGAUACACAAGAAGGGCGGAUACGGAUGUGGUGGAGAGUUGCCAUUCCAAUACGUGAAUGUCUUCAACCAAUGUGUCGCAGCCGUGGCCUUGAAACAACAACAGGGAAAGUAAUAAGCACUCAACAACAGUACAGUAGUAAAGGCUCAAGAAAUCAAAUAUAACUGUCGGAUAGAUUUUAAAAAUACAAUGGGUUUUAUUUAAAAAUGACAUUCUUUAUUCCAUUCAUUCAUUCAUAUACGUUCAUAACACUUUAAUUAUCUAUAUUUGAAUGAAUGAUAAAUAUUCGAAUUCGGAAUAGUUUAGUUAUGCAAUAAAAAAUAAAACUUAAAACACUAUCAUUAAUAUAUACAUAUAGUCAUAUCUGUUAAGGAAAUAAAUAUUUUUUAUGAAUAUAUUUUUAUUGUAAAUAAAGAUAAUAUACAAUAA